UAUAACUGUGAUCAAUGCCACUAAUAAAGAUCUGCCAUCAGCCGACUACACUCUGGGGGUCGAUUACUGGUACAAAGCAUACGAACAUGGGGUCUGAGCUGCGCGGCUGCCUGCAGACAUGAAGCUAUCGCUCAAGUGGAUGGCCAGGUCAUAUUGUGUUGUGACGAUGCGCGAUUGGAUGGCCAGCCAUGUAACAAGGGUCCAAUGUCGCAACUUCAAACCUUCCAGAUGCAGAUUGCAACUCAGCAAUGUGGAACAAGAUGCAGUGACCGGAAGCAUGAUUUGAUCACUGAGAUGUGCACAGAGUGUGGCACUGACUACGACUGCUACUUCGGCAUGAAGUGUGCGGCUGGCCGAUGCAUGCCACCAGUCGAAGGAUCUACUGGAGCAGAUCGGCUAAAGAUGGUGUUCAGUGAUAGUGCUAAGAAGCAGCACUGUCCAGGUGCAUUGCAUCAGCUGCAGACAUGCCCUCUGAUCUCUCAUUCACUCAACCCAGACCGGUUGCCGACGUGUGACGAUGAAGUGAAGCAAAUUCGGGAUCCAUUCACUAUUGUUCGUGGAGUGUCUGAUUCUUGCACUUUCGACUCAAAUGCCAUCAUGUUUGCGGAUUCAGAAGGUCAAUGUCCCUGCGGAUUGAUCUCUAAACACGGAAAGUGCUUCGAACCAGACCUUCCAAGCGAUGAUCUUUAUGACCUGUUCUACCCUUGCAACGAAAUAGUGAGAGGGUUCAUAGAGGAUGUGAUUGAUACCAACUACACUGGUGCAGCUGAUUGCGAGGCAAACCCACUCGGCGCAAUGAUGAACGGCGAAGACUGUCCUUUCAACGCAACCACGAAGCUCUUGUUUGCAUUGCCUUGUGAAGAAGCGUGCCACAUCUUGAAUGCUGGUAGCGCGGAUGCUCAACGAACGAGACGAGAAGCUGCUGCUACGAAAGCGCCGGAUGCGACAGUGCUGAGGAAUUUAAACGACAAGUGUGGCGCCAUGAAAUUCCGAAAUCUCUCGGAUGAUACAGCGAAGUGCGCCGCGGCAGCUCAGGCCGUAGCAGACCUCCAAAAUUUGGUUGGCAGUGAAGAUUUAUGUGAAAAAGCCCUGGACUACGGCCGCUGCCCGAAUUUGGUGGUACAAAUGCUAGAAGGGAUGGAAGGCGUGACUGUUCCAACCACAGCAAAUUUGGACACCGCCUUCAGAAGUUGUCUGGAUACUUUGGAAGUUUCGGACAGUUUGAGACAGCUCAGCAACAAACUGGAAGGCGAAAUGGACGGUGCCACUUUGGAAAGCUGGUGUCCAGACAUCGAAAACAUCAUGACAAAGGCAGCGAAUGACCUUGCAGGAAAUCUUCCUAAGAUGGCUAUGGAGCACAUCUUCUUUGGAGUUUUCAAGAGCAACUGCGCAUCCUAUGUCAACGAGACCAGCUACUGUAAGCUGGCCGCUAUUUUGGAAGCUCUAAAGUCCAGAUCGAACGAAGACUUCCAUGACUUGAAGAUGUUCAACGAGACAUUCUACAAUGAAGACAUCAAGACCUCAAUCUGUUCAUCUGUAGCUGAGUGUGCUGUGUCUCCGGAGGACAUUGUCGAAUUGGUCUGCGCCGUAGACGAGAACAAUGUUGAUGCAGCAAAACUCGGAUGCUUGUCAAAGUUUCGCUACAAUUUGAACCGGAAAUGCGAUAACCAGGAACCAAUCCAGGACAAGUUGGCCCAGUUCAGCUGCGCCAAACUGGAUGAACUUCUCAAACCUUCCAAUGCAGAAAAGCUGCAAGAGAAGGUAUGCAACUGCACUGUUUGUGACGAGGGGCAAACAGCUUCGGACUUCGGAGUGGGUGCUAUGGGGGUGUGCAAGUCAUUCUGUCCCAGCCGAGUCGACGUCAGCAGCGCCGCCGUUCGAGCGGCGGAUGAUGCUUCAUUGGAAGGUGCCAUCAACGAGGACGGAGAAGUCGUGCCAUCUGCUGUGUGCGUAGAUGGUUUGUGCACAGGAGAACUUGCUUCUGCAAUUGCGAUGACAUGCUGCGUGAACGAUCUCGAUGGUCUGACUAGAAACGAUGACAAUGCCAGAAGAGUCUUAGAGGCUGCAAUGAUCCCAACUAGAGGCGACACUGCUGCCGAGGAGUCAAACAGAAUGCGACAAGCUCAGGAGUUCGUCGGAGAUAUUUUGAACCAGCUUGUUGGCGCAGCCUUGACUACUAAGAUUGGUGAAUUUGUAACCGAUCCUGAUUUAUUCGACGCACUUCAGCCUAAUUUCAGACGGCAAUCUGACGCUUCAACUUUCGGAUGCACUUUCGACGUUGCGAGCUGUUCAUUUGAUUGCACCAAUGAGCCCGAUAUGACAUUUGCCUGUGGAAAUGUGGGAAAGAACUUCUGCGAGGAUUUGGUUUCAAUCAAACAAAACACCGACACCAACUCGGAUUGCUCCUACGCAGAUAUAGUGAAGGCGUAUGGGGAGGGCGAGGGUGUUGACAACGGACGAAUUGCCUCUUUCUGCUUCGUCAACGAAGAAUCCAUCGCAGAAGUCGAAGCUACCGUAGUCUGUCGAGACUUCCUGGCUGAUAGCGGCAUCUGCGAAGUGGCUGAAGUUUGCCCCAAGAUGGCUAAGACUCUGGGUGUGAUGGCGGGUUGCAUUGACGAGGAGCUACAGGAAGAUUGCGGUGCUCUUACUAAGACUCUCGAGUUCUCGGACGAGACCAACUACACCUGUUCCCAAAUAGUGGGUAUGAUCAACGGAAAAGGCGCAUCCGUGAACCCAGCCAGGUGUGUUUACGAAGAUGAUAGUUACAACGAACUUCUCAAACUGGCCGAUAUGCUGUUCACACAAUGUGCUGAUUCAGACGUGGAGAUACUCGCUCAAAUGAUUGAUGAAGUUGCAAACGGAUUAUGCUGCGUAUUCCCUCUGCAAGCACUAGAGGCUUUAGAAAACCAGCUGGAUCUUCUGGAGGAACUGGCACCCUACUGCAGUCAUUGCGAGUUUAACCCAAAACAAAAAGCAGUCCUAGGACCAGUCCUUUUGAACACUUUCGCUGGGCCAUCUGGAAAACUCUGUGCAAAUGGUGCAUUCACCCUCAAGGAUAAUGUUUCAAGCGAAAUUGUGGGCGGGUGGGCUCCUGCUAUUGCCUCUCUCGACGCUCAAUUCCCAGCUUCCAUCCUGGAGCAAUGCCCGUUUGAUAUGGCCGAAUGGAUUUCGGAAUCCGUCGACGAAGACUUUCUCUCAGAGGAACUGCAAGAAUGCUUCUAUAAUUUGAACGAGGAGGGUGUACCUGCGCGCAUGAAGGCCGCCAGAGACAUCGUCAACAAAACUCUGGUUGAGGACUUCGACGGAGUCGUAAACUACGAAUUCCUCUGCAACAUGGACUGCAAAACAAUGGCUAUGGCCUCCCACCCUGAAGUAGUUGCAAAACUUGAAAACCUUGCGGAUAAUGAAGACUUGUUGAGAGCUAUGAAGGAUAGGUGCCUCUCAUGUUACCCCCCAUUCGCUGCUGCGACGAACCAGGAAAUGCUCGCGUUCCGAUCGUCUCUGUGCAUCGCUGCUCUCAAGGAUUUGGACGCGACUUCUGAUGCUGAAGAUAUGUGGAACUUGUUGAUGGAUGCUCCUAUGAUGCUGGAAGGGUGUGUGUCGGACGUUGCUGAACUGAUAUUCGAAAAUGUGCAGGCCAUCUCUUUACCCAGUCCAAAUUUCAUGAAAUUCUUCACCAAUGGAGUUGCGCGAGGUUUGCUGCGGGAUAAGAUGAUCGAAUUGUCUGCAUCCGGUGGGGCUAAGAGAGCCAAGCGAAAUGCAGGUGAUGACUGCAGCGGAGUCACAACCGCUGACCUGGUGAACUUUGGCGACACUUUGUGCACGCUGUCCGCAGCUUGUGUUGCCUCUAUUCCCGCUAAUGUUCUUGUCAACAUGGGUUCUGACGCGGAGAACCCGAUGAUCACUCAAGACUGCCUGCAGAACCCCUCCAUUUUCGAUGAAUUUCUGACCAGAUUCAAAGAGGCCGAAGUGUAUGGACCAGUAGCCCAAUGGGGCGAUGAAAUCACGAAUGUCGGAAACGCUGCCGUUGGUCUGACUUCGGUUGAGCUGAACUCGAUGGAUGCUGCAAACAUGGCAAUCAUUGCGCCUUCCACAUUUGAACUUUUGGACAUCAAUGUUCUCGCGGGUUUGGAUCAGUCACACUUGGAUGAGUUGACCAGUUCGCAGUUGAGGACCAGGACCCAGGCGGAGGUUGAAGGCACUCUGGGACUGACAUACCCCACCCUCACGUCGGACUCCAUCCCAGACCCACCAAGUGCAGGCAACACUCCUCGAUGCUUGCCAGCAGUGGUCAUGGGAUCGAUCCUCGCACUGGUCUUCCACUUCCUCGUUCUGUGAAGAGGUCAAAACCUGGUGUACAAAAAGACUACUGGCACCAUUUCAACUUCAAACCCUCUGACUACUAACCAGGAAAAUCCGAUACCAUCGACGAAAACUGACUGUUUGACAAUUUUUACCACUCUACUAACGGGAUUCGAAACUUCACUUAUUUUGACUGCGAAUAAUGCGAAAACUAACUACAAUUCAAAUUUACUCCAACAAGACAGAUCAAUUCAACCAAGAAAAGUAAGAAAAAAGUAAAAAAAAGUUCCUAAAAACUGAAAAGAAAAUUUUGUUCUUGAAAGCUGCAAAGAAUUGACAAAUCAGACAAGCGAAAUACGAAAUUUUGUGCUUUAAAUUUGUUAAUAUUCGACUCAAUUAUUUUGAUCAAAAAGAUUUUCAUUAGUCGUAUAAUUAUGGUACUUGGAAAAUCAUUUGGAAAUGAGAAUGAAAUUAUAAAAAGUGUUCUGAGUACCAAAAUUCCAAAAUUAUGAAGUGUUAAUCUUAUAAAGUGUGAAAGUUGGAAUUGUGUUUCUGUUAAGUAAGAUUAAAAAAAGAUAAAUUGAAUAUAAAAUUUUUGAUCAAUUGUACAUAUGUCCAAUUGUAAAUAAUUUGGCAGCAAGCGUUUUAUCGGCUAA